UGCAAGAAUGUGACCCUCAAAGGUGCAUGAAUGAGGGUUCCUAUGAUUUGAUUUUGAGAGAAAUCUGUGACUCUAAUAUCAAGGAUAAUGAAUACAGCAAAUACUUUCCUGAAGAAGUUGGACUCGUUCUAUCACAUGAGAAACCUUCUGAAAGGCCCGUGUGUCAUGGUAACCUAGGGGACAUGGUUUUUGGCUCAGGUUUAGACCUCAUUAGACAUCCAAAAAGGAAACAUAUAGAGAUACUGUCUGUGAGUAAUAAAGAUGGGAGACGUUUCAGUCAGCAGUCUGAGCUUGAUUCACAUCAAAGAAUACACUGUAGAGAGAAACCUUAUGAAUGUAAACAAUGUGGAACCACUUUCACAAGUAAGGACAGUCUUAUUAUACAUCAGAGAAUCCACACUGGCAAGAAACCUUAUGAAUGUAAACAAUGUGGAAAGGCAUUUGCAAUAAGGGGCUAUCUUGCUGAACAUCAGAAAAACCACUGUGGAGAGAAACCUUAUGAAUGUAAACAACGUGGAAAGGCUUUCACAGAGAGGGGAAGUCUUGCCAGACACCAAAAAGUUCACUCUGGAGAAAAAUUUUAUGAAUGUAAACAGUGUGGAAAGGCUUUCACACUGUGGGGUGGUCUUACCACACAUCAGAGAAUCCACACUGGAGAGAAACCUUAUGAAUGUAAGCAAUGUGGAAAGACUUUUACACAGAGCAGCGGUCUUGCUCUGCAUCAGAAAAUCCACACUGGAGAGAAACCUUAUGAAUGUAAACAAUGUGGAAAGGCUUUCACAAUGAGAGGCUAUCUUACUGCACAUCAGAGAAUCCACUCUGGAGAGAAACCUUAUGAAUGUGAACAAUGUGGAAAGACUUUCAGAUGGUGGAGCCUUCUUUCUGAACAUCAGAGAAUCCACACUGGAGAGAAACCUUGGGAAUGUAAGCAAUGUGGAAAGGCUUUCACACGGUGGUGCACUCUUGCUAAACAUCAGAGAAUCCACUCUGGAGAGAGACCUUAUGAAUGUAAGCAAUGUGGAAAGACUUUCUCACAGAGGGACAGUCUUUUUAGACAUCAGAGAAUCCACUCUGGAGAGAAACCUUAUGAAUGUGGACAGUGUGGAAAGGCUUUCACACAGAGCAUCCAUCUUGCUGAUCAUCAGAGAAUCCACACUGGAGAGAAACCUUAUGAAUGUGGACAAUGUGGAAAGACUUUCACAACGAGAGGCUAUCUUACUGCACAUCAGAGAAUCCAUACUGGAGAGAAACCUUAUGAAUGUGGACAAUGUGGAAAGGCUUUCAGACAGAGGGGCAGUCUUGCUGGUCAUCAGAGAAUCCACACUGGAGAGAAACCUUAUGAAUGUAAACAAUGUGGAAAGUCUUUCACACAGAGGGGCAGUCUUGCUGUACAUCAGAGAAUCCACACUGGAGAGAAACCUUAUGAAUGUGGACAAUGUGGAAAGACUUUUACACAGAGUAGCGGUCUUGCUAUACAUCAGAAAAUCCACACUGGAGAGAAACCUUAUGAAUGUAAACAAUGUGGAAAGGCUUUCACAACGAGAGGCUAUCUUACUGCACAUCAGAGAAUCCACUCUGGAGAGAAACCUUAUGAAUGUGAACAAUGUGGAAAGACUUUCAGAUGGUGGAGCCUUCUUUCCCAACAUCAGAGAAUCCACAUUGGAGAGAAACCUUAUGAACGUGGACAAUGUGGAAAGGCAUUCACACAGAGCAUCCAUCUUGCUGAUCAUCAUAGAAUCCACACUGGAGAGAAACCUUAUGAAUGUAAGCAAUGUGGAAAGACUUUCACACAGAGGGGCAGUCUUGCUGGUCAUCAGAGAAUCCACACUGUAGAGAAACCUUAGGAAUGUGGACAAUGUGGAAAGACUUUCACACAUAGGGACAGUCUUGCUAGUCAUCAGAGAAACCACACUGGAGAGAAACCUUAUGAAUGUGGACAAUGUGGAAAGAC